CAGAACUAAAGCUUGGAUCGUCCAGGAUCAUCCAGUCCAGUUGUCUCUCUGACAAAACAGUUCCGUUUCAACCGGAAGUGGGUUCCAACACCACGCUUAGCCGGAAGUUAGCAGGCGCCGUCCUUCCUGUGCACAUAGCCUAUUUAACCCUGGUUCAGCGCCAUUGGAAGGACGUUAUUUUUAUCGUUGCAGCGGAGACGGUAUCUUUUGGACGACAUACAGAAAUUAUGGAGAUGCCAGAAAGUACAAAAAGGAGGACAAUAUUGGCAAAAGUGGGGGAACAUUUGCUUAUGCUCGAAAAGGAGCAUUUAAGCACGUUGCCUUUUGCUAUUAUUGACUUUAUAAAUAGAGGAUUGGCAGUGAUUCCAACCAAAUGGUUUACCGGGCCUGAGGAGGAUGAAUGCUACUGGCCACCAGCAAGAGUUAACAUUGCAAAGGCGGUCAUAGAGCAACAGGACCCCCACCCUGACUGGGCAACAUACAAGUUGUCUGUCAAGAGAAAAGCAGCAACGUACGAGAUAGCCCAAAUAAAAUUGUUUGAGUUUGAACAGAACACAGAUGUACCGACAGGAUCUGAUUUUGCGGAGAACAUGGGAAGGGGGAAGCGCAAAAAGAGGUCUAGGAGAGAGAUUUUGUCCAGCGAGGAUGAAGAUGAUGAUAACCCUUUACCUCCACUGCCUCCAUCCAUCCUCAGGUCAACCACGUCACCACCCGAAACCCCGCAAAUGCAAAUAAGGGACAGUAUGUUGUUUGUUCGCAUCCUGACACUCCUUGAGGAACUCAAAGAAACCAUUCAAGUUCAUGGAAGGAUGCUACAAACCCUGACACAGCAUGGCGACACCCUUUCUUUCGUCCCAGAGGGUUUCCCCCUAAAGACAGUUGGGGAGGUCGAAGUGAUGGAGGAAAAAUU